GUCGGACACAAAUGAAGUAACGUACUGGAGAAACCGGAAGUAGUGAUAAACUCACGUGCACAACAUGAAAAACAAGAAAAAGCACAAUAAUGUGUCCCAAAAGGGUAAAUUCAAGCCAGGAUCCAAGAAAAGAGAAAAUAAAUGCAUCGUCAUGUUUGACGACAAAGACAGACAGGAUUAUCUCACUGGUUUCCAUAAGAGAAAAGUGGAAAGGAGGAAAGCAGCAGUGGCAGAAAUUCGAAAGAAAAUCAAGGAUGAGCAGAUCAGAGUCCGAGAAGAGAGGCAUAAGGAGUAUAUGAAGAUGCUGAAGGAGAGGAAAGAAGCUCUCGAGGAGGAUGAAGAUGAUCUGGAAGAUGUGAUAACCGAUACAAAAGAGUCUGUACAGUAUGAUCACCGAAACCACACCGUCACUGUGACGACCAUCAGUGAUCUUGACCUCACAGGGGGUCACCUGCUCAAACCUGCAUCGAAUCAGGUCAACGGGGAGAGCAAAGAUGAGGAAAAUGGAGGAGAAGAGGAGGAGGAAACAAAUGCAAUGCCAAGAAAAGCCGGGAAUCCAAUCCUCAACAAAAAGAUCCGCUCCCUGACUGCGUCACUUAACACUUACACCAGCCAGCGGAAGAGGAAAGGGAAGCAGGAAGGCCGAGGAGGACGGGGCCGUCCGACAGACAAGGGACCUGGUGUCACAGAGAGUAAAAAGAGAGCGGGGAGGACCAGCAAGAGGCAGAGACGCCGACAGACCGGGAAGAAGGUGCAUCAUCAGGACUGAAAGAGUGUGUGUAAAAAUAUAAUGGAGGGUUCAAACUGGGAACACCGGCGAACAAAUGGGACUUUGGCGUAUUUAUGUUCCUGUGUUUGAGCAGGAUGUGUGUAUGCCGAAAAGUUUGUAAAAUGAACACAAGCUGAUGUGUCUGCUCCGUGUUGGACUGUCUAUCACAACAUGACUCAACAUUUCCACAGUUCCUGCCUGUUGAAAUCCUGUGCUAAUAUGUGUACAUUUUUCAAAACAAAACUGUUUUUGUAGUGUUAUUUCUUAAACAUAUACAAACUGUGCUGUAUUUACUUAUUUUUUGAUUAAAUUAAAAAUUCAUCUUGCUAAUAA